AUGCCACUUUUCCAAGAAACCAUGCUCCACGUCACACCCCAGAACUGCGACGCCGUACUCGCCUUCGCCCACCUCCUCAUAACAAUCUCCUUCGCAACCGAGACGCAAACCCAAAACGAGCAACUAAUGAUCGUGUCCCCCUCCGCACCACCCAUACCAAUCCGCACCAUCAACGGCUCCUCCAAUUUCCAAGACGGCGAGAGCGUCCUCCCGCCCUGGCUCUACCUCAUCCGCGCAGGAUGUGUCAUCCUCGGCGACAUCUGGGAUACACUCGAGCUCGGACCUGUCUCCGUGCUUGCUGAUCAGUGGGAGAUACCCGUUGAAGUACCGGAUGGGACACCUCCUCUCCUGUUAGCUCACUUGCUCUCGCUUAUUCCCAGCGGCCCGAAAUAUUCAGACUUGGAUUCAUGCUCAGAUGACAAGGAUCCAAACGCAGUUGUGCGAAUAUGGACCGAGCAUGAAAUCACUACUUAUAUCUCCUCCGCUCGUGAACUCGACCUCGCGUUCCGGUACCGCGAAGUCCUCGGUACGGCAUUCACGACCUGGGAUGCACUGCGUGUGUGGCCGAUGGCUAUCUCGGAGGCGUAUUUGGAUAUGCUUGCCAGGAAGCAUGAGGGUGCUCUUGUGCUAUUGGGGUUUUAUUGUGUGUUGUUGAAGAUGGUUGAGAGUCGGUGGUACUUCACCAAUCGCGCGCAGCGGCUCCUCAGUGCCGUGCUCGCUCAUCUCGACGAGCAGGGGGAUGCUUCGAAAUGGCGAAAGGCAUUAGCUUGGGCAAUCAAAGAGGUCGGUAUUGAAGGGCAAUGAAGUCAAAAUGCAUGAUAUUUGACAUAUUAUCAUGAUUCCCGAAUGAGAGAGGGGGAUGUUGGGAUAUGGGAGGUUAAGAUCGAAAAUUCGCACUUGGGAAUCUCACUUUGGAAUGCCAAAUGUUUGGUUUACGACACGAAAGGGAAAUGUUUCGGAUUCAGCUAUGAGAUUUAGCACGCGCCCUAGUACAUAUAAGAGGGGAGGCACGCAGGAGAUGAGAAGAUUCAACGUCGAAUUUCGCUGUAAAUCCACAGUACUAGUACCAGUAGAUUCUAAACCGUGAUUUGACAGGAACGACCCUUGCCCCUUUUCUCGCGACUUUUGCUUCAAUGGCUCACUUGUGCAUUCAUCAUUACAACGAAUGUCACCUAGCACUGUUGCUUCAGAAUUCAAACUAAAUAAAGU